GACAGAGACAGUAUUUCAUCCUCUGCUGUGGCAUUUGCUUUUUUGGGUUUAUUUUUUGUCUUUAGUGAGUGGUAAUUGUCCUGGUCGAGGGAUCUGCCGUCUGGGAAUCGCUUGUUGUUCUCUCACUAUGGAUGGAUUUAAGAGAGUGAAGUGAGAGAGCUGGACAGGCAGCAACACUGACUGAGCGUCUUCUGUUCUGGACUCGCUGCUCAGACUCUGGGGGCUCUGCCAUGUCCUGGUUGUUGGCAGUGUGGAUAAGCCUGGGCUUCCUACUGGCGUGCCAGGCCACGCUCUACCAGACCAUCCAGCAGCACCAUGUGGCCCGUCCCGGCCGCACCGACAUCCUCACGCUCGAGGGAGGGACGUGUGAGGUGAUCGCAGCCCAUCGGUGCUGUAACAAGAACCGCAUCGAAGAGCGCUCCCAGACCGUUAAGUGCUCCUGUUUGCCGGGAAAAGUGGCCGGAACGACGCGCAACAAGCCUUCAUGCGUUGACGCAUCCAUUGUGAUCGGGAAGUGGUGGUGUGAGAUGGAGCCGUGCCUGGAGGGAGAAGAGUGCAAGACUCUGCCUGACAACUCUGGAUGGAUGUGCUCCUCUGGAAACAAAAUCAAGACCACGAGGAACACCCAGCCAUACUCUCCUUUUUAGCUUCCUGAAGCAAAAUGCAGAGGAUGC